AUGGCUUCCGUCUUGACGAAGAAGACGAAGAAGGUGCAGAAGAGGAAGAGAGAGAAUCACAGUCUUUCGGAUCUGAAAAAGCUCGGGGAGGAGCUGCUGACGUCACGAGCACACGUCAACAACCUCCCUAUUCUCCUCACCUUCAUCAGCCCCAGCUCGCCUCCGCAGCACGCUCUGGAGUCGCUCCUCUCGCUGCAGUCGUUCUUCACUCCCCUCGUCCCACAGCUCCCCUCGUCGUCUUCGCAGGCGUAUUCGGGCUCGGAGCCCGACCCGGAAUUGAUAUAUCGCACGUGGCUGCGGUCCAAGUUCGAUGAUUUUAUCGGGCGGCUAGUUGAUGUUGUUGUCUCCUUGCAAUCGGAUGAUGCUCUUAGGGAAGUUGUGCUGGACACGAUAAUGGAGUUUGUGAAGGUUGGGAAUGCGGGGAAGUUUCAUUCCUCUAUUUAUCACAAGCUUCUCCGUGCUAUUGUGCACUCGGAAUUGAGCGUUGAUGACAUAUUAUUAGAUUUGCUUGCAACCAAGUAUUUCAAUUAUGUUGAUGUUCGUUAUUUCACCUACAUUAGUUUGGAAAAGCAGGCUCGGACUUUGGAAGUUGAAGGAGACAGGAAUGUAAACCUAGAUGCUCAGAGUAAUACCCAUUCAAGACCAAGCUUGGAGCUUUCCGUUCGGAAGAUACAUAAUUUACUAUCUCACAUCCCGUCACUAGAAGUUUCAGAAGAAAAUUUAGAGAUGUUGAAUGGUUCAGGCAUUUUUUUCGAGAAAAGAAAUAAUAAAGAAAAUGUCACCUUGAAAGAGAAGCAGGUCAAGUCCCAACAACCUAAUGACAAGGUGUUAUCAUCUCGGGAUGUCUCAAAGAAAAUGAAGCUGAAGUUAAGUAAAGCAUGGAUAUCGUUCCUCAGAUUGCCCCUUCCUCUUGAUGUAUACAAGGAGGUUCUUGUUAAACUUCAUCAGGCUGUCAUUCCAUAUCUCUCUAAUCCAAUAAUGCUGUGUGAUUUCUUGACUCAGUCAUAUGAUGUCGGUGGUGUGGUCAGUGUUAUGGCUCUUAGCAGCCUAUUUAUUCUCAUGACACAACAUGGCCUUGAAUAUCCCAACUUCUACGAUAAACUCUAUGCAUUGUUGGAGCCAUCUAUCUUCAUGGCAAAACAUCGAGCAAAAUUUUUCGAGCUGCUCGACUCAUGUUUGAAAUCAUCACUCCUUCCAGCUUAUCUGACUGCUGCUUUCUGUAAAAAGUUGAGCAGACUUGCGCUCUCUGUACCUCCAUCUGGAGCACUAGUCAUCAUUGCAUUGGUUCACAACCUUUUACAGAGACAUCCUUCCAUUAAUUGUUUGGUGCAUCGAGUAAGAUUAAUGAAGGAGAAGUCUGGAAUUGACCACUUCAAAAAUGAGGAAACCAAUCCGAAAGAUACUAAUGCAAUGAGGAGCUCACUCUGGGAGAUUGACACGCUUCGCCAUCAUUACAGCCCUCCAGUUUCAAGAUUCGUUUUGUCAAUGGAGAAUGAUCUGGCAUUCAGGACUAAAACGGCUGAAGUUUCAGUCAAAGAUUUUAGUUCGGGUUCCUAUUCGACAAUCUUCAGUGAUGAGAUUAGAAGAAGGGUCAAACAAGUACCAUUGGCAUUCUAUAAAGCAACUCCAACACAUUUGUUUUCUGAAUCUGAUUUUCCGGGCUGGACCUUCAAGAACAAGGAUAAGGGAUGUGGGGCUGUGAGUGCAGCAGAUAACGAUAAUGUAGAUGCAUCUGCAAAACGACAGCGGGUAGCGAUUUGA